AAUAAAUUUACUGACGAUACCUAGUUAAAGCUUAUUUACACGUACACGCUUUAUUUCUUUUCUUUGUUAAUCGAGGUUAGGUUUCACUCCUGUUUUGGUUAUGAAUUACUCAGAAUCGUGACUUGGCAACAAUUAACCACAAAGCUUCGCAAAAUAUAACAUCUGAAACAAGAACUUCAUUUGAACAGUGUAUGUUAUGACUGUAUUGUUAUGUACCGACAGCGUUAAAUAGUUAUUAUUCCCGUCUAAAAAUAGCUGUAGAUUACAACAAUGUAAACCAAAUGCAAAUCGAUGUAUAGACCAACCUAGGGCCAAUUCUUCCAGUACUCUUCGAAUACGAACGCGAGCUGUCGUCUUCAUCCCGACGUAUUGAAAUUUUAAAGGUUUCUAGGUGACGUCAAAGCAACCCUACAUCGAGGGUAUAAAAGCUUGCUUAGUUCGAUUUGAAUGCACUUUGUCGCGUCUAGCAGCCUAAGCACGAAUACCACGAUGUUUCUGCUGUAUUUCCUGAUCGUUGUGGCGCUGGUGAGUGCUGACGUCCACGACAAAGAGUUGAAAAUUGAGGAAAAUCCUCGGGUCUAUUGCGGACGUCAUUUGGCCAACGCACGCAUGGUACUCUGCUAUGACACUGUCGAGAAGAGAGCCCAAUCUUAUCUCGACGCAAACAUUAUUUCGGCGGGAGAUUUGAGCUCCUGGCCUGGCCUGUCUUCCCAGUACGCCAAGACUCGCGCUUUUGCUCUCGCCGAGAAAUCUAAACGCGGCCCUGGCUUAGUCGACGAAUGUUGCCUUAAGCCCUGUUACACCUAUGAUCUACUUAAUUACUGCUGAACAAUUCAGUUUGCUUAACAGUAACCUACUACUGGUUAAUAUUUAUUCAAACCAGUAGUGAUUGAUCUUUUGUAGUGUUUGCAUGUGUAAUGUUUAAUUUUCAUUUAAAAUUGUAUCAACAAAUAAAACUUUGAAUUGCUUUUCUUCAUUUGAUCUUAAAUAAUAAAUUCCUUUAAAUAAAA